AUGGGCGUCGGCUGCUACAUCGAGUCGUCAUGGUUCACUGUUGGCGGCCAUUACUGGUGCCUCCAUUAUUACCCGGACGGGUCUACGGAAGAUGGCAAGGACGACAUAGUGGUCGCUCUGGAGCUGAUGGAGCUGGACCAGAAGGCAUUCAAGGCACGGGUAUCCUUCACAAUCAGCUUGUUCCACUGUACAACUAAGCGGUUUUCUCUUUCUUUGUCGGUGGCCCUGUCGGCCAAUCUUCCCAAUCCAGACUACUUUGUCACGCACAAUAUAAACAGAGGCGAGAUGGAAGCAUCGGGCUAUGUUGUUGACGAUCGUCUCACUAUCAAAUGCGCCUUGACUGUCAUCAAGGAGCCAUAUGUUAUCGAGGAGGAGGCCCAUGUUGAGGAGGAGGCGCCACCGUCCGAAAUCAUGGACCAACUCGGGAAGCUGCUAGAGGCAAAGGAGGGUGUGGAUGUGACACUCGAGGUUCAAGGAGUGAAAUUUCCAGCCCACAAGCUCGUGCUAGCGAUGCGGUCUCCGGUUUUCAAGGCGAUGCUCUAUGGACCGAUGAUGGAGAAGGAUUCAAGCCGCAUCGCCAUUAACAACAUGCAACCUGAUGUCUUCAAGUUUCUGCUCCACUUCAUAUAUAACAAUUCAUUGCCCGCGGUCAUGGGCGACGACUUGCUAGAUGAAGACAAUAAGAGAGAGGUUACCAGACACCUGCUUGUGGCUGCAGAUCACUAUGGCAUGGAAAGAUUGAAGCUUAUGUGCGAAAGCAUCCUCUGCAAAGACCUCAAUGCCGAGUCCCUUGCAACUACAUUGGCUUUGGCCAGUCAACAUAGUUGUUCUCGGCUACAAGAUGCUUGCAUUCGAUUUAUUGCAUCAUCAUCUACUAAAAUAGAUGAUGUGGUGGCAAGCAAAGGGUACAAUCGGCUCAAAAGAACUUGUCCGGAUACCGUAACGGAGAUGUGGGAAAAAGCAAGUAGGCUCUGCAAAACCUAA